GGCACAGCAGACGUCAACCGGUUUAACCGAUUAAAGGAUUUUAACUGUGAGUGGCUCUCACGACCCAACAUCGCCAUUUCUGAGAUGGCACAGACAAUAAAAGACAAUUGGCCGCUGAUCGAGAAAAGCAGUGGGAAAGUGUUCACUAGAAAGUUUGUCCAGGAUCUUGGCGAGGUCAUCCUGCCGCUUAUGGAUACAUACGCCAGGCUGGAUAAUAAAGAUAACCCAACUCAUGACCCACCCACACACGACGAUGUGCUCGAUAUGCUCGAAGUCAUCAAUGUCAAUCCCGCAGUGGAAGAGUUGAUAAUCACGGGCUUCAAUGUGGCCGGACCUCUCUUGAUGACCAGCAUACAGAUGCUCGCAAACAACGCGCUACUGCACAACGUAACGAACUUCGCCCACGAGGGAGUGAGAAGUCCCGCCACCGAGGACUUCAAAGCCAAUCGGAACAAGGACACCAUGAUGAGCUAUUUGUUCAGCUCCAUUCUAAUGAAAUGUCGGGCAGUCGAAAGGCGGACAUCCCUGUAUGACUGAAGCCGGCUGGCAGACCGCCACGCCCUGCCGGACCCAAGCAGCCGCGCCAACUCCUGCACACGACGGCAAGCACCAUUGCCCGGCCCGGAAGAGGACUAGGCUCAACCAGCCCCUCGACCAAGCCGCCCUAGACUUGGCGAGCGUCAGCGCUCGUUGUCGCAGUCUUGGCGGCAAAAUGGCUGGGGUUUAUAUAAAUUGUUAAUUACCCAACAAUGAAAAUAAUGAGACAUUAAAAUAUGGUAUAAAAAAGCAUGAUUAACUUUUCGGUUAACUUUAACGAUUACAUGAAAUAGUCUGAACCGAGAUCUUUGACGGUGACCAAUUAUUGUGAAUUGCAUAUCAA